UCUUCGGGACUUCACACACUCCUCCGAGUUCGCCAACAACCUCUUUAAUGGUUAACGCUGUUAAGGUCUUCAAAAAGACUUCACCUAAUGGUAAGGUCACCGCGUAUCUAAGUCGGCGGGACUUCGUGGACCACGUCACCCACACCUCCCCCGUGGACGGUGUGGUUGUAGUGGACCAUGACUACCUGCGAGGAAGGAGGGUUUUCGCGCGCGUGGCGGUCACGUACCGCUACGGUCGCGAGGAGGAUGAGGUCAUGGGACUUCACUUCAGCAAGGAGCUCGAGCUCGUCAACACCGAGGUCGCUCCCCAAGCUGGAGACGUCCAGAUGACCGACGUCCAGGAACGACUCAUCAAGAAGCUGGGUGCCAACGCCUACCCCAUCACCGUGAACCUUCCGGAGAACGCCCCCUGUUCCGUCUCCCUCGACGGCGGGAGUGAGGGUUCUACCCAGCCUCUUGGUGUGAUCUACGAUCUCAAGCUGUACGUUGCUGAACGCAAGGAGGAACGUCCUCACAAGCGAAACUCCGUCGGCUUUGCUGUCCGAAAGGUCCAGUACGCCUGUCCUGGCUCCGGCAACCGCCAGCCCCAGACCCUGGUCAGCAAGAACUUCACUCUUUCCCCAGGAAGGCUCAACCUUGAGGUCACUCUGCCUCGCGACGUCUACUUCCAUGGACAGCCCAUCGAGGCACAGCUUUCCGUCAACAAUGUGUCCAAGAAGACCGUGAAGAACAUCAAGGCUGAGGUUGUGCAGCACGUGGAGGUCACCAUGACCAACACUCACUUCAGCCGAGUCGUGGCUUCACUCGAGUCUCGCGAAGGAUGUCCCAUCACCCCAGGAUGCAACCUCACCAGGACCUUCUCCCUCAACCCUGUUGCCUCCGUCAACAAGCGACGCUUCGGCAUCGCCCUCGACGGCCAAGUCAAGGACCAGGACGCCAACUUGGCAUCCUCUACCUUGGUGGCAGAAGGUAAGAACGUCAACGACGCCUUGGGCAUCGUCGUGUCGUACUCUGUUCGCGUGAAGCUGAACUGCGGCGCCAUUGCCGGCGACCUGACUGCCGACCUUCCCUUCAAGCUGGUGCACCCCGAUCCUGCCUCUGUCAAGGCUCCACUGCGCAAGACUCAGUCUGCCGAUAUCGAAGUCGAGGAAUUUUCUCAGCUGCGCCGUGGUCAGUCCAUUGCGGAGGACUAAGUGAACCAGGAGCUACAGGAUGCUCGGGGAUCAGCCAAUCUUUGUCAACGAAUUCGACUUUCAAGCAUCAGUUUAAUCGGAAGGGAAAUUGCAGUUAAAAAUUCGCACAGAAUUAGACCUUUGCAUCGUACAACACUGUCACUGACAUUUAAGCUUCCUUUAAAGUUUUAUAUUCAGCAUGCCUGUUUCAUUCCUUGAGCAUUUACAUUUCAUGGACAGUUCCAUGAAAAUACAAUUAGGUAUUUGCAUAAUAUAAUUCUGUUUUAAAUGUUAGUUUUGUUAUUGAGUAUAUGUAUGCCAACAUCAUAUAUUGAGCAUUUAUAGUUUCAAGGCAACUUCCAUGUAAUAAUCUUAUUUUCAAUUGAAACUGCAAUAAAAUUUGAAGUAAAA